AUGAUCCCCUCCACGACUACAGCCCAUAACCCCACAGCUCACAGCCACAACGCGCAAGACUUUUGUGUGGAGGAGUUUUCCGUGACUGCUCGCCAUCGUGAGAGCGUGUCCCAGGGAGUGAAUCCGCGCUGGAACAUCUCAACUUUCCUAUCUACGUUCCCAAGCAUCAUGACAGUCUCCUCAAAGUACUGCCCCCUGCUGUUGGUCGUGUCUCUCUUUUUCACUCCAGGAUGUGCCUUUCUCUCAGACUGGGACGACUCUGCAGCUCCCCUUGUGCCUCAUUUCACUGCCUGUGUUUCGAGAGAGAUGACCACUUUCAGCUGUUGGUGGAACCCGGGAAGCUUCCAGAACCUCACGUCUUCUCAAGAUAUCAAGAUUAUCUACCAUAAGAAAAGCCCCAUCAAGAGUGAGUGGAACGAGUGUCCACAGUAUGAUUUCCAAAACCGGGAGUGCUAUUUUGACGCCAAACACACUGAAGUGUGGGUCACAUAUUGUCUGGAGAUCCACGUCCAUAAUGUGACGUACACCAACGAAGACGACUGCUUCACUCUGAACGAUAUCGUGCGGCCGGACCCCCCCGUGGCUUUAAACUGGACCCUGCUGAAUCUGAGUCCCUCCGGUCUCCGUUAUGAUGUGCUGGUGAGCUGGGACCACCCGCCCUCCGCAGACGUGAACUCUGGAUGGAUGAGCGUGGAGUACCAGCUGCAGUUCAGAGAAGUCAACUCAACCAAGUGGAAAGACAUGGAGAUCCAAAGCCAGCCCAAGCAGACCAUUUACGGGCUCCACAUCGAACGAGAGUAUGAGGUGCACAUACGCUGUAGUAUGAAGCCGUACUCCAAGUUUGGGGAAUUCAGCAAAUCCAUAUUCAUCCAAGUGACAGGCACUGGGGACGACGGAACCAGCUUUCCCGUCAUGUUGGUACUCAUAUUUGGGAUUUCAGGCAUCGUCAUUAUCAUCAUGUUCAUUGUCGUCUCUCAGCAACAGAGAAUAAUGAUGAUUCUACUGCCUCCUGUUCCCGCGCCCAAAAUAAAGGGAAUAGACUCUGAAUUGAUAAAGAAAGGUAAAUUGGAGGAGCUGAACCUAAUGCUGAGUGGAGGGGGAGUGGGCGGCCUGCCUGCACACGCACCAGACUUUUACCAGGACGAGCCGUGGGUCGAAUUCAUCGAGGUCGACACGGAAGCGGCAGAUUGUGGAGAGAAAGAGGAAAACCAGGGUUCCGACACCCAAAGGCUCCUCACCCUGUCUCAGCCUGUUCCCCCGCACAUGCACAUUGGGACCUGCAACGUAAACUGUUUCCCUGGUGAUGACUCGGGUCUGGCAAGCUGUUACGACCCAGACCACCCCGACCAGGACCCUCUCAUCUCCAUGGUAACCCUGCUUCCGGGUCAGCCAGAGGAUCGGGAGGGUGUUUCUGACAGAGGUCUCGACCCUGUCCGAGCUACAGCGCCGCAAACAUGGGUCAACACAGACUUUUACGCCCAGGUGAGCAACGUGAUGCCUUCUGGAGGGGUGGUCCUGUCUCCGGGGCAACAGCUACGAGUGCAGGAGAACAAAGACGAAUCCAAAAAGGGAAGUAACCCCAAAGCAUGUGAGGAAAACGCAACGGACGUACACUUUCAGUUGUUGGUGGUGGAUCCAGAAAUGACAGAGAGUAAACAAAACAGCACUCCCUCGACGCCGCCAGGGUCCGUUGAAGGCUACCAGACCGUCCCGCCACAAACCCUGGAGUCCAGACCCACAGAGGAACUGCAGUCGACCUACAUCCUGCCCCCCGAGUCCCCCCAGUCCCCCGUCUUCACCCCUGUGGCGGACUACACUGUGGUACAGGAAGUGAACAGUCAGCACAGUCUGCUGCUAAACCCACCUGCACAACAAGUCCCGCCCCCCUCCUGCCAAUCACAGCACCCCCUCAAGCCCCUGCCCGCCAUGACGGUGGAUUACAUCACCCCAGAGCUCUUUGGACACCUCUCAAAGUGA